AUGUCGGACCACAGUACUGGCUUCACAGCCCAAAUCCUCAAUAUCCGUACCCUCUGUUCAGCCUUUGCUUUAGUUAUUACUCUGGGCGUCGCUUACCUUUUCGGGACCAUCAUCUACAACGUCUUCUUCCACCCCCUUCGCGUAUAUCCCGGACCAAAGCUCUGGGCAGCCUCGCGCAUCCCCUUCACUCGCGCCACCCUCUCUGGCCAGGUCCACCGCAAGAUCUUGGCGCUGCACCAGGAAUACGGACCCAUCGUCCGCGUCGCUCCCAACGAGCUCGCAUACAACUCCCCCGACGCCUGGAAGGAUCUCCACGGACACCUCAAGAACGGCACCGGCGACCACGGACGAGAUCCCGUCGCGACCCAGGAUAGCAGGCAUGGCAUCAUCGGCGCCAACCGCGAAGAUCACUCGCGGUUCCGACGGGCCCUGUCGCAUGGCUUCUCCGCGCAGUCUAUGCUGGAGCAGGAACCCAUUGUCAAGAAGUACGUGGACCUUCUCUUCCAGCGACUUCAUGAAAAGUGCGCUGGCGGUGCCGAGGCUCUGAACAUGGUCGCGUGGUACAACUGGACGACUUUUGAUGUCAUCGGGGACUUGGCUUUUGGCGAGCCAUUUCACUGCUUGGAUGACUCUGGUUACCAUCCCUGGGUGAAGCUCAUCUUUGACGGGAUCAAGGGCAACUCUUUCAAGAACUGCAUGCGACGAUUCCCGCCGAUCGAAAAGCUCUUGAUACAUCUUAUCCCGGCCGACCUCCGCAAUAAGCGAGAUCAGCACAUUGCACUCACUAAGGAGAAGGUUUCCAAGAGACUUGCCAUGGAGACUGACCGACCAGACUUUAUGGACUCUAUGCUGCGCACAAAGGGGCCACAGAAACUCACCUUUGAAGAACUCAAAUCGAAUUCCUCGGUCCUGAUCAUCGCCGGCUCGGAAACUACCGCAACAGCUCUGUCGGCAAUUACCUACUACCUCUGCACAAACCGCCAGGCUCUUGACAAGCUCACCCACGAGGUUCGAACAGCCUUCUCCUCCGAGGAAGAGAUCGAGAUGGUCAGCGCGCAGCAGCUCCAGUACAUGCAGGCGGUCAUGAACGAAGGUCUUCGAAUGUACCCUCCCGUCCCUACAGGAAUCGUCCGCAGAGUUACCGACGAUGGCGGCGUAUUCUUGGGUCAAUACGUGCCAAGCGGGACGCUGGUCCAGGUCUGGCACUGGCCUGCCUUCCACAGCCCGGAGAACUUCACCCUUCCUGACUCCUUUAUUCCCGAACGUUGGCUCGAUGAUGCUCGCUUCUCUGGCGACAAGAAGGAAGCGUUCCAACCGUUCUCGGUCGGCCCUAGAAACUGCAUUGGCAGAAACUUGGCUUACGCGGAAAUGCGUCUCAUUCUUGCGAGAAUGAUCUGGAACUUCGACAUGAAGCUAUCGGAGGAAAGUGGAGGCUGGGACGACAAGAGCCAAGUCUAUCUUCUUUGGGAAAAGGGCCCUGUUAAUGUUUAUCUCACCCCCAGAGAAAAGGUUUGA